UGCCUUUUGGUCAUGGUGUUUCAUCAUAGUCAUAGAAACCCUAACUAAGACAAGGGUGCUGUAUUUGAGCUUUCUGAGGACACAGUGGCACCUACUGUAUACAUGAAUUUAUGCUGGAGAAUGAAGGUGAUGACCAGAAGUACUUUCUGGGUUUGAAACCCUCACGGGAUUGCUUCUCAGUCAGGCUAUCUGUGGGCAUGGUCUGGGGUAAGGAGGAAUGGGUUUGCUGUUCCAGGAGCCUGUGACGUUCAGGGACAUCGCCGUGUCCUUCAGCCAGGAUGAGUGGCUGCACCUAGACCCUGCUCAGAGAACCCUGUACCGAGAGGUGAUGCUGGAGAACUACAGCAACCUGGCCUCGCUGGGGAUUCUGUUUCCCAAGCCAAAGGUCAUCUCUCAGUUAGAGCAAGCAGAUUUCCAGAUGGUGGAAAGUGGAAUGUUUCAAGGUGUAUACCUCGGGUGGAAGAGCUUGUUUGAACCCAGGGUUUCCAAAGAGGAAAAUAAGGAAGUCUUGAAACACCAGAGAGUUGAUGAUCUUUUCGGCUUCUUAUUGGGAAAACCAUGUGUAAAUGAGGAACAGUUGGAGGAGCAACCAGGCUAUAGGAAAAACCUCUUCAGUGAAAUGCUGCUUUCUCUUAGAAGAGACUGUACACAAGAGAGGGGCUUUCCAGGGAUCGAACUUGUGAGAAAUCCUAGGAAAACCAGAGUUGUCUCCGGAGGAGGAAAGCCUCGCUCCCCGCAGUACUCAAUUCUAUUCAGACAACUGGGGUUCAACACAGUGCACAAGCUUUAUAAGUGUAACAUCUGUGGGAAGGUCUUUCUCCACAGUUCUUCCCUGAGCAAACAUCAGAGGAUUCACACUGGAGAGAAGCUCUACCAAUGUAAGGAAUGUCGGAAGGCCUUCAGCCAAAGCUCGUCCCUGACACAGCACCUGAGAGUCCAUACUGGAGAAAAGCCGUACGUCUGUAGUGAAUGUGGGAAGGCCUUCAGCUUCACCACCUCUCUCAUUGGGCAUCAGAGGAUGCACACUGGAGAGAGACCCUAUCGAUGUAAGGAAUGCGGCAAAACCUUCAAAGGCAGCUCGUCCCUUAACAAUCACCAGCGGAUCCACACUGGAGAGAAGCCUUAUACGUGUAGCGCGUGUGGGAGAGCCUUUAGCCAGUGCUCGUCUCUUAUUCAGCAUCAGAGGAUUCACACUGGGGAGAAACCAUAUGAAUGCAGCCAGUGUGGGAAAGCCUUUACGUCCAUAUCACGGCUGAGCAGACACCACCGCAUCCAUACCGGAGAGAAGCCCUUUCACUGUAAUGUGUGCGGCAAAGUGUUCAGUUACCACUCGGCCUUGAUCAUUCAUCAGAGGAUUCACACUGGAGAGAAACCGUAUGCAUGCAAGGAGUGUGGGAAAGCCUUCAGCCAGAGCUCAGCACUUAUCCAGCAUCAAAGAAUCCACACGGGAGAAAAGCCGUACAAGUGUGACGAAUGUGGGAAGGCCUUUUCCUGGAUCUCGAGGCUUAACAUCCACCACAGAAUCCACACAGGAGAGAAACCUUACCACUGUAAAGAAUGCGGGAAAGCUUUUAGUUCCCACUCUGCAGUCAAUACUCACAGAAAAAUCCACACUGGCGAGAAGCCUUAUAAAUGCAGUGACUGUGAAAAAGCCUUCAACCAAAGCUCAGCCCUCAUCCAGCAUCAGAGAAUUCACACUGGAGAGAAACCAUUCAACUGUAAAGUCUGUGGGAAAGCCUUCAGACAGAGUUCGUCGCUUAUGACACAUACAAGGAUUCAUACAGGAGAAAAACCUUAUAAAUGCAAAACAUGCGGGAAAGCGUUCAGUCAAAGCUCAUCUCUUGCCAACCACCAGAAGACACAUUAUUGAGGACAACCGUAUAAGUAAAAUGCAUGCGGUAAAUCUGCCUUGAGACAUUCAUUGCAUACUGACUGUGACAGAAUUCAUCCAGAGAGUGAUGAGUGGUAGUUAGUCGCGGGUGAGCAUGAGGGUAGAUUUCAGCAAACCUCUGGCAUUCGUGAUGCAGAAUAAACUUGUGUUUGGAAAAGUUACAUAGAAUGUUUUCCACAUGUUCUGAAGUUUUACUGAUGAUGAAGUUGACACUAAGAUUGAAGGAUUAAUAUUUUCUUUCUAGUGAUGAUGUAGAAUUCAUAGCCACCAACCUUUUAAAGCAUCACUGGGACCUACUGAUUUAGGCGAAAGUGCAUACAUCAGACCAGUCUAGGAUCUGUGUUGGACAAUGCCUUUGAGUGUGAAUGCAAAAUAGCUGAAUUAGAAAAAAUGAGGAAAAAAUAUCUAGCUGCCCAUGGUCACUAAAGUUUGCUUUUCAAUA